AUGCCUAGAAAGACUCAACCCAGAAUAGAUGAAUCCCAUGAGCCCCCAUACGCAGAUCUGUGUUACAAAGGGAAGUCUAUAAGUAGCAGCAACAAACAGAAAGAUGGAAGAAGCACUCUCAGCAGCAUCAGUCUUGGAGAUCUGAGACAGUCCCCGGCCUCUGAAAGGAAACUGGAGAGAAUCACCACAGCCAUUCAUAAGGAAAUGAAAGUCACAGUGUCAGAUGAAGACCGCAAGAUUGCUGCACUCAUGCUGGUGAGGCAUGAGGAUGAGCAAAACAGACUGGAUCAAAGUUACAAGGAGCAACAGCAAAGACAAGAAGCCAGGUGUAAAGAGGAAGAGGAGAAAUUGGAGGCUGAGAAAGAAAGACUGAAAAAGCUGAAGAUGAGGAUGAAGCGUUGGCAGGAGGAGCUGGAUUUGAGAAAGAGAGUUAGGCACAAACUAGAAAAGGAUAAAUCAACACAGCUCGAACAGGAGAUGAAGGUGCAUGAAGACAAGUGGAGGAGGUUGAAAGAAGAAAUGGAGGAUCAACGAAAGGAAAAGUGGAUGGCAGCUGUGAAGGAUGCAGAAGAGCGAAAACGCAACCAAGAGAGGCUGCGAAGAUGCAGAGAGGAAGAGGACCAGAAAAUGCUGCAGAGGGAAAUAUUGGUGUCUGUGGAGAGGGAGCAAAGGGCCAAGAUGAGCAAGGCACUGCAGGAGAUGAAGGACAGGAGGAGACUUCGAGAGGAGAACAGGAAUGAGCUUUUGCGGCAUGUCUUUGCAAAGCAGCGAUUGGAGCAAGAGGAACAAGACAUGGAGGGGCAGAGGAGACACGAGAUGCUAAGGAAGAUGGACCACUGUACUAAGAAAUAUACUGCUGUGAUGGACGCACGCUUAAGGGGAAUCAGGGAAAGAGGAGCCCAAGAAGAAGAGCAGAUUCAUAAGGCAAAGCUGAGAGCGACACUGCACAAGACAGAGCAGCUGAUGCAAAAAAGAAUAUUGUAUGAAGUGAACCAGCGGAAGAUGGAGAAAGCCGCUCAGGAUGCGUCUGAGAUGAGCAGGAGCAAAGCCAUGCAGAUCAAGCAGAGGAACAGACUCAGACGGGUGUGUCACCAGCUGCUGCAGGAGAAGCUACAGGCUGAAGAUGAGGAGGUGAGGAGGAGGAAGGAGACCAGCGUGGCCAUGAAGGAGAGGAGGAUGGAGAGGCUGAGGAGGCAGAGAGAGCAGAUACAAGAGGAGGCGCACAUAAUGGCCCGAGCGUCGUUUCAGCUCAGGCACAGAGUCAGAAUGCACACGAGCUGCAAUAACUUUGAUCAGAUGGUUAGAGAGGCUCAACUCAAUGCUGCUAUGGGGCAUGUGAAGCUUACCUAG